AUGGACGACGAAGACGUUCCCCGGUCAUUCAACGGCAGCCUGGACAAAUUCAUCCAUUCUCCCAAUGCAUCGCCGGUCAAGUCGCUGAAACGCAAAAUUGGCAUCAAGGAGGAAGACGAAGACGCAGAAGAUGAAAAGAAAUUCCUGCCAGCGCCUAUAUCACCCCGAAGGACUCGCUCAUUCAAGUCCCUAACGCAGUCGACCCUGGUACCGCUAUCCGGACCGUCCAGGCAAAGUACCCGAUCAGCUCCUCCACGGACAGCAAGGAAAGCCAGCGGCAGCUCGACUCCCAUAAAGACAGAGGAAGAUGCUGCAUCACCAUCUAAAGGAGCUGCUGUCUCUCGUCUUAGAGACUCUAUACCUGAGAACCUCGUCCUGCUGCUCAUCGGCGUCAACCCGGGCAUCAUGACUGGCCAGACGGGCUACGCAUAUGCUCAUCCGUCGAACUUGUACUGGCGGCUUCUACACUCUUCAGGGAUAACUACCUUCCGCCAUCCGCCAUCGGAUACAUACCGCAUGCCGGAGCUCUACUGUAUCGGUAACACGAACAUCGUGGUGCGUCCUACGCGCGAUGCAAGCCAGCUAUCAAAGGAGGAGAUGAAUGCCGGCGUGCCCGUUCUAGAAGAGAAGAUUGGACGGUUCCGGCCUGAGGCUGUCUGCCUGGUUGGAAAGGGCAUCUGGGAGGCUGUCUGGCGAGUGAAGCAUGGGAGGAAUAUCAAAAAGGAGGAGUUCAAGUAUGGAUGGCAGGAUGAGGAGGAGAAUAUGGGGCGUGUUAGGCCUGUGCUUGGGGGCAACUCUCAAGAUGCGUGGCCUGGUGCUAGGGUGUUUGUAGCUACGACCACCAGCGGGCUGGCAGCAUCAAUGAAACAGGCUGAGAAGGAGGCUAUUUGGGCCGAGCUGGGAUCAUGGGUGAAGGAGAGAAGAGAGGCUAGAGGGUUUGUUCCACCUACCAUGGACCAGGCGUUGAGGUCUUUGGAUAAUUAG